AUGGCUGUGGCAGUCGCAAAGGUUUCCAGUUCAUUCAAUAUGGUUUCUUCCCACCAACGUUUAGCUGCCAGCUCUCCUCCGGCUGCCUCGUCCUCUCGCUCGAAACAGCCCUCUCAUUCAUCUACUCAUUCACCUGUCGCACCGGAGCCUUCUACGAUCAAACCAACAAAUCAAUCAUCUUCACGCCCUACUUUCUUGCAGACUUUACGCUCUGCCACACGUUCCAAGAAGUCUCCGGCACCAGCAGCAGAUGACUUCGCCAAUCUCACACAGAAUAAAGGCAAACAGAAGGCUGCCAAUGACAAUUUACCCAAGGAGAAGCCCAACAUGCUCCGCAGAUGGGAGUCCAGGGUCAAUUUUCGCAAGGCUGGCAGGGAGUCCGUCACGCCUUCAGCGUCGCCUCUUCCACCGUUGGCUGAUACGGACAGGAGCGAGGGCGAAGUACGAGCUGUAGGGUCUACGAGCACGAGCUAUACCACGCCUUCUUCCAGACUAGCUUCCAUGUCAUCCCCUGCUUUGCAUCUCGCAUCACAGGCGUUGCCCUCUCCAAGGUCCCAACCUGCCAUUCCGGCCUCUUCCUCCUCAACAAGUGAAGCUUUGGUUUCGCCUGUCAGAGCCAGAACACGACGAUCAAGCGUCGAGCAUUCCAAGCCCGACCCGGCAACGCGUCAUAGGUCCACCAAAUCAUCACCCAUCAAUAUUCCAGCUGCCUCCACCUCUGCAGUUGAUCUGAGGAGCUCCCCAGGAACGCCAAAGCGAAAAACACGACCAGAACGAUCUCCAAGCCCUCCAGAGACACCAACGCCGAUGAGUCGUGCUCAACUUGGUCGCCGUUCGUCCAGCUCAGCGGCCAGCGUGCCCUCUUCACCUACGCCACUCACCUCCCGAAAUGUGAGUCCUCUCCGUGCAAGAUCUCCCUCAACUUCACGGCGUGUCGUCACUACUCAAAGAGGACUCUCGUCAGCAUCAACUUCUCAUCUACCCAACCACUCACCUAGUUCGUCGCCCACACCCCCGAAGGACUCACCUCGACGACCAUCAUUCUCUCGUGAAGACACUCCUUCCCCUGCGCUGACGACACGCCCACGUCCGACGUCUCCCAAUCAGCGUUCAUAUGCUCAAAACCGCCACUUCAAUAUAUCCACCGCCUCCCUCAGCGCUCCUUCAAACCCCGAGCACAGGGAACUUAUUCGGACGGCGACCUCAAUGAUCUGCAAAGAGAUUAUCAAGCCUCCUGCUCACAUGGCCCGGACUGCAACUGGUAUCAAAGAUUGGGAAGAAGUAGAUUUUCGCACUCGAGCAUUGGUUAGACUUGAACGUAUUUGGGGGAAGAGUGGUGUCUCCGCUAGCUCUAGUAAUGUCAAUGUCAAUGCUUUGCCCUUGUCCUCUAGUGGGCUUAGUCUCGCUGGAGAAGAGAGAGAGCGGAGAUUAUUCACCGAGGCGUUGCGGGAUGGCUUUGUUCUCUGCCAGUUAAUGAACAAACUCCGAUCCAGUUCCGUAGUCCGGCCUGACGUUCGUGAAGAUGGUUUUGUUCGCACCUCUAACAUCACCAAGUUCUUGGCUGCCUGCGCUUCUUGGGGCUUGUCGAACGACGAACUUUUCCAAGGUGACGAUUUGAUCGAGGCCACAAGCGAAUCGCUUGCACGUGUGGCAAAAACAAUCAUCGCUCUCAUCAAAUUUGCCGAGAGCCCGAGCGCUGAGCGGUCGAAACUACUCUAUGGCCACUCUAGCGGAGAUGGAGAAGCCACAGGUAGUCGAAAUGGCAUUGGAAGAUCAGUCUCCGGGCCGUAUAAAUUGGGCUCUGUAUCUCGUUCAGCUUCCGCCUCGACUCCCAGCUUGAUACAGACGAACCAGCGCGGCGAUAUUCGGCUUCAAAUACCCAAGACGGCUUCCAGUCCAACUCCAAGUUCACCGACCCGUGCCAAGCGUAGGAGUCCACCAUCUGGGUUACCGACCGUACGAUCGAGCAGUCCCGACGAGGAAACCGUUGUCAAGGAAGAGCAAAUGACGCAGUCCAAUGACAAAUCGAAGGCAACUUCAGCCUCCUUGCACGUUGUUUGUGAUCGGGACAUCAAAACUAGCAGACCUUUGUCGCCACCCCCUAGGUCUCCCCUUCGAGCUCGCUCCCCUAAACUGACCUCCAACUUUGUGCCUGACGACAACGGUCAAGGCCUUUUCACCAGGACACGGAAAAGCUCCCAACAAGCUUCUUUCUAUUCCCACCAAUCCUUUUCAAGAUCGUCUGCAGCAGUCGAGUCUAUCCGAGACGAUUCAAUCGGAGAGUCUCCAGUGGAUAAUAGCAAUCAUAUGCGGGUUUCAAGGGCGUCGACAGCCAUGACGGACGUCACAACCUCCACGACGACGACGGUAUUAUCGAGCUUGCUAGAUGUUGGAAGGGGGAGCAGUGCUGUAUUCAGUAAGUUUGGAACAAUCCGAACAAUGAAUACUGAGGCGACCUCUGAGGCGCCUUCCAUCUCUCGAACGGAAGGCAGUUCCAUAGCUGAUGAUUUAGCUCGUAAACAACGAGGGUCGGACUACACCAGAGAUCACAAACUCAGUGAUGCAGCCGUGAUAGAUCUGUCGAGGGUGGUCGAAGAGGCAGAAGAGAGUGGUUCGAGUUCACGAGGCAAGAGGAAAGAGAAAGGGAAAGAGAAGUAUGAGCUAUAUGGCGGUGGGGAGACGGAAAGGGUAGAAAAGGGAGCCAUACGCCUUGGCAAAGGUAAAUGGCCUGAUGAUUUCAUCGACGCUCUUCAUGCUCCUUCUGUCCCCACUAUCCCCAUAAAAGCUCAUCUAUCCCCUGAACCCGAAGAUCGUGUUCGGACAUCAUCCAUAAUAUCGAGCUCUUCACCUCGAAAACUUGCUAUUGUGGGCAACUCACGUCGAAACGAAAGCGUCGAAUCACUUCCUCAAUUCCCCAGAAGACCGGCACACCGAGCCCGCCACAGCAUCGACACUCCUGCGUCCUCUCUCCUCCCCAAAGAGUCUGUCUAUCGACGUGACGUUAGCCCAGACGGACUGCCAUCAGCAUCUGGGCCCAGCAAGGUUCUUAUCCGACGGCAUAGUACGAAACCUAGCAAUCGAAGUAAUCUUCAGCUUCCAGGCUCACGAAACAGUGGAAGUGAUGACACCCGGGACUCGGAUGGAGAAGCUUUAGUCCCUUUCCCUAGAACAGUUUCUGCUGAUCAUUCAGGUUCUGCUUCCCCUCCGCCACCCUCCACCGAUGAACCGUCCGGAGUUUCAAUAGCUUUUGAGAAGGCCGCCCGACCGCCGAGGGGACGCAUUCAAAGUGACAUGCAAGGCACUAGACGACGUCCACGACCGAGCUCGUACGAUGAGUUGGGAGCAAAACCGACUCGUUCGAGGUUCGAGAGCAUGGUCAACCUUGGUGGCGGUUCAGGUAAUGCGAGUUCGAGCGAUUUGAUGUCGAGGGACUCAAUGGACGGUAACGCUGUUCGCAAGCCUCUUAUAAUCAAAGAAGAGGGUAAACUGCCGACACAUUUCCAACUCGGAAAUUGUAUUGGUCGAGGGCAGUUUGGGUCUGUGUAUCGGGCGCUUAAUCUGAACACUGGUCAGAUGGUUGCUGUAAAACGGAUUCGUCUUGAAGGGCUCAAAGAAGAGGAGGUCACUCAGCUGAUGAAGGAAGUUGAUUUGGUAAAGAGGUUGUCACAUCCCAGCAUUGUCAAGUAUGAAGGGAUGGCACGAGAUGCUGAUACUUUGAGCAUAGUUCUGGAAUACGCCGAGAAUGGCUCUCUUGGUCAAACACUGAAGGCGUUUGGUAGACUAAACGAAAGGCUGGUAGCGAGCUACGUCGUGCGGAUUCUGGAGGGCCUCCACUAUCUCCAUCAGAGCGACGUUGUACAUUGCGAUCUCAAGGCGGCAAAUAUUCUCACCACCAAAAACGGCAAUGUUAAGCUGUCCGACUUUGGUGUCUCCUUGAACAUGCGUGCUAUGGAGAGGGAGAUCAAGGACGUUGCUGGGACACCGAAUUGGAUGGCACCUGAAGUCAUUGAGCUGAAAGGCGCGUCUCCAAAGUCGGACAUCUGGUCCUUGGCCUGUACCGUCAUUGAACUCCUUACUGGGCGACCGCCUCACGCCGAUAUUCCGAAUAGCAUGUCUGUAAUGUUCCGAAUAGUCGAGGAUGAUAUGCCACCGAUUCCUCCUGGUUGCUCUCCCUUGUUGGAAGACUUUUUGAAGCAGUGUUUCAAUAAAGACCCUGCGAAGAGACCUAGUGCGGAAUUACUGUGUGAACAUCAAUGGCUUAAAAAGAACUGGGGUGCUCACAAGGAACUGCGACCGCAGGACAGUAUUCCGUUCCUGCGCCGAGUUAGCGCCGACCUGCACAAAUCGGAAGUUGUUCGUCAUCUUGCUCAACUUGAGAUGCCUGACCACGAGCAUCGUGUUGAUGAGCAUAUCAGUGGUUCACCUCCUGGCCGUCGGAUAUCAAACGCGUCUGCGCGUCCAUCCUUGGAUAGUGAGAUUUCGCCACGAGAGCAUUCGUUCGUAAAGACAACUUUCAGCAAACCCAUGAUCUGCAGGGUAUGCUUAGGGAAGGUCAAGAAGAGCGCUGUCCUCUGUGCACAAUGUAGUCUCAUCUGCCAUGCUAAAUGUGCAAGCAAUGCUCCUCCGACUUGUGACCUCCGUGCUCAGCUCCUCCUCUACGCGCAAUUUGCCGAGAAAGGAAACCCCAGUAGCGCCUAUUCCAACCCGGUCGACCUCCUCAGCGAUUCUAUGCCCAAAACUCCCAUGUCUGAUGUCCCUUUCGUAUCCCAUAGCACUCCUCGAACAAGUUUCGAUAUGCCUCCUCCACCUGCACCUUCUCCAACAUCACCUGCACAUCCGCCAACUGCAUUCAAGUUUUUCGGACGUUCAUCUCGAUCAAGCCAACCCACUGAUUUGAGUCAUCCUCAGACGUCAAACCCUUCCCUUCCGGAUAACACGUCGAAAACGAAACUCGUGCGGAAGAGUGACCGACCACACUCACUCGCAAGUAACAGCACAAAUCCGAAUAACUCGUUGAGAAGCGCCCUGACUAUCAGUAGUGCUGGGCGAAGAUCCACGGCCUCAAACGAUAUGGGUGUGAUCGAAGAGGCGGUGGGUGCAUCUAAUUUUGUUAAGUUUGCUUCGUCCGUACACGAAGUUGAAGAUAACAUUGGGGUGCCGGGUGGAUUGCAAGAUGAAUCUCGGCGGCACAAGAAAGGCAAAUCCUCCGGUAAUUGCAUUGUACAAUAA